AUGAAGUGUUUCCAUUUUCAGAAGAUGAGAACCUUUAUCUUGAUUCUUUUGGUUGUCGUGGCCGCCGUCGCCUACUCUGUUCGCAAAACCGACAUUUCACCCGACGAUCAGCUGUUAACACGAGUUGUUCGGAAGAGUCAGAAGAACUCCGAAGAGUCGUCCAGCUCUCAAGAGGAAACUGAAACUCAAGAUCGGAAGACGAAUAAAAUGGAUGAAAGUCCAAUGAAAGAAGGUUCAGCUGCUGAGGUGAAGCGUGUUAAGAGAAAGGCAGAGGCCUCCUGUCAUUCGGAAGAAGGACAGUGGCAACACCGCAAAAGGUGA